AUGAAAAGUGGAACGCGCAUCGCAUUAUGCGUUGUGUCGCUUCUCUGCUUCGCCCUUUACCUACUGGAGGCACAUAUCCAGGAUAUUUGUAACCAAUACCGCGCUGGCGCAUACUUGGUGGAAUGGUGGUAUCAAAAAUCUGGGUCAAAUUUGCCUGCGCACCAUGGCACCCCCGACGACAAAGUCAUUGUUAUGGCCAAGCUUGAAGAGGAGAAUACCGAUUGGGUAGGAGAGGAGCUGCCUGACUGGCAAAGCGCCAUCUACAUCGUCAAUCCCUCGGAAGAAACCCGAAUGAACGAAAACAUCCUCACCACCCCCUACAACAAAGGUCACGAAGCAAUGGCCUACCUCACCUACGUCAUCGACCACUACUACGUCCUCCCUUCCACAAUUGCUUUCCUCCAUGCCCACCGUUCUGGCUUCUUCAUGGCCUGGCACGUCGACGCACCCCUUCAUGACAACGUCAUUGCCAUGCAAAACCUCCAAACACGCUUCGUCGAACAGAACGGUUACGCCAAUCUUCGCUGCAACUGGAACCCAGGUUGCAAGGCCGACCACCGCUACAACACGCACGUCACCGAUGAGAUCUGGUGGGAUAUUUUCCAGGGCACUAGCACACCGCCGCUCAACGUCUCAUCCUCAUACGAGGUCUCUCGGGUGGACCAGAAAUAUAUUCGCAAGCCCGAACAGAUUGCUGCAGCAUGCUGUGCGCAGUUUGCCGUGUCGAAGGAUCAGGUGCGCAGGCGCCCGCAUGAGGACUACGUGAGGUUUCGGCAGUGGCUCCUCGACACAGACCUGACCGAUGCGAAAUCAGGCCGUGUGAUGGAAUUCCUGUGGCAUUACAUCUUCGGCAUGGACUCGGUUUACUGUCCCGAUGAGGAGCUUUGUUACUGUCAGGUUUAUGGACAGUGCUAA